CGGAUUAGCGGUAUCUGCGUUGCGCGGAAAUGCACGUAGUCGCAGGUGUUACGUUGCAACUUGCGAGCGGUCGCAAGUGCAGCUACUGCUAGUUACGGUUCUCUCAUCCGUGCACGUUAAUGUGUGUGUGUGUGUGUAUGGCGUACGCGCGGCCGGAUAUACCGGCGAUAUCUAGGCGUAUAUAUACGUGUCGUCGCGUCUCGGACAUUGUGGAUUAAACGUUGCGUCAUCGGCCGUUCAUCGAUCACCAUCAUGUAAAUUAACAGAGAAGGAAGGAGAGAGACAACGAUGUACUAAGAAGACAAAUUAUGGUGGCAGAGUUUGUCGCCCGCCAGAGUGGAUCGCCCAUCAAUGGUGAGACCGCGUGUCUGAACAGCAACAUGCCGGCCACGCACACAAUGGCCCAUAGCGGCGGUCACGGCGCGCCCCACGGCGGGCCCCACGAUGCCCAUGGACCUCUCACGGUGCCUCUCACGCAUCCCGGCCAUCACGGCGGACCGCCGGCCGCGAUUCAGCAGCAGCAUCAGCAUCAACCGCAGCAGCAACUGUCGCCGCAACAACAGCAGCAGCAGCAGCCUCAACCGCCGCAUCUUCAUCACCAUCAUCAGGCCCAGCAGCCGCAGCCGCAGCCGCAGCAGCAGCAACAGCAACAGCAACAUCAUCACGAUGGUGCGCCGCAGCAUCCCGAUAACUUCUCACCCAACUUCGACAUACGAAAGGAGCUGUUCUCGCAGCGCAAACAACGCGAGUUCAUCCCGGACAAUAAGAAGGACGACAGCUACUGGGACCGUCGCAGGCGCAACAACGAGGCCGCCAAGCGGUCGCGCGAGAAGCGUCGCUUCAACGACAUGGUCCUGGAGCAACGGGUGAUGGAGCUCAGCAAGGAGAAUCACAUUCUCAAGGCGCAGCUCGAGGCGAUACGCGAUAAGUUCGGCAUCUGCGGCGAGUCUGUCAUCAACACGGAACACGUGCUGGCCGCGCUGCCGACGGAACCCCCGAUCAGCGUGAAACGCGCGAAGAUACCGCCUUCGGCGGCGCUUCUCUACGCGCGCACGCCGAGCCCAGUGCACACGUCGGUGAUCCAUCAGCCGGUGAGCGGCGCCCGUUCGCCCAGAUCGCCGGCCCAGCUCUACGUGCCCGAAACGACCGCUUACCCGGAGACCGAGAGCUUCCAGUACCCGUACUCGCACCCGGCGAUGCACCACCUGGACACCACGAGCGCGCUAAACCUGUCGUCGCGCGGCCGCCGGGCGCAAUCGCCGUUCGAGCUGUCGUCGGGCAGCGGCGACGAGGCCGGUCCCCAGAUAAUCGUGGGCUCCCAGAACAACCCGGCCGUCAACAACAGUCUGCCUCACAAGCUCAGGCACAAGUCGCGCAUCGGCGACAAGGACGCCGCGAGCGCGCUUCUCGCGCUUCAGGGAAUCAAGCAGGAGCCGGGACCGCGAGCGUCGCCGCCCUGGGACGAGGGUUCCAGCGACGAGCGCGACUCCGGCAUCUCGUUAGGCGCCGAGUGGACCGGUCCGACCGUCACCGCGGUCACGGAGAGCGAUCGGGAGGUGAAGAUGAAGCUGGAUCGUCUCGCGUCUGAGGUCGCGUCCCUGCAAUCGAUAUUCCGCCUUGGGAAACCCGUCGCGGCAGCGGCAGCGGCGGCGGCCGCGGCGGCGGACAGCCUGGUGACGGGUCACUCCGUCGCCACGGUCAACGGACCGUGAAGGACACGGUCUCCCUUCCUUUGCGGGUCACUGCGAGUCCUCCUCCCCUCGGCCGGAUGUCGGGGUCCUUGGAAAUUGGACAUGGAGACGUCGUCUGGAGGACGCGUGGGAAGAACGACGAAUCCUUAGAUCGUUGCGCCGAGCUGAUCGUCGUGUACGCGAUCGAUCGUAAAGGAUUUUGUAAAAUAAAAUUCGUGUUUAUUUAAAGGAUGAAGAGCGCGCAAAGAGUUCUCGCGUGCACCGGUGCAACGGCAGCAGACGUGUAGCAGCCGUUUGUUCGUCCCGCGAUUCGCCGAUAUAUGAAAUAAGAAUAGAAUACUCGUGAGUCUCUCGCGAGUAAUUCGCGAUUACCGAUUGCUAUCGAUCUGCUUGUUGCACGAGAGUCAUCGAUAACGAAAAAAAAACUUUAAUCCUUCAACCCGUAGACUAUACCUCCCCGGAACGCGAGGCUUCCUCUUCGAUAAAACUUAUAACUUAUUGUGAUACGCGAGAGAUAUCAGUUUGCGCCGUUUUGGAAACGAAUCCCCCCUCCGAUGGAUUCGACGGCUACCGGUCGAAGGGUUAAAGGCGUUCUCCACUCUUGGUCCCGAAGCGAAGUGGAGUUAGGAGUUAAGAGCCGAAUGCGAUACCUUGUAGUGCUGUAAGUUACGUUGUAAAACUCCCGUAGGCUAAUCGUUCUUCUAUUAUUACCAUUAUCGUUACUACAGAGCUUUGUCGAUUCGGGUAAACGUGUCGCGGCGAGUCGGGCCGAGCGUACACUGCAAAUCCAAGUGUUAUUUUCGCUGGAGCUCUUCUCAAACAUUUCUCACCGUUUUAAAUUAAACGUGUUAAAUGACGUAAUUUAACACGUAAGAAACACGCGAAAGGAGCUUCAGUCAAAUGUGUCAUUUUUAAACGUUUAUACGCGUAAAAAUAACUUAGAUUUGCAGUAUAAUCGGCGCGAUCAGGUGAACGAAGCACCGCGAUCUGUAUUAAAUGGAGCAUUAUAUAUUACACGCGAGUUACUCCCCCGAUUGAUGAUUGGUCGCGCAACCGGCUAUCUCACUACCAUCGGAUAUCCAUAAUACGAUUCAUUCCCGUGUACGAAACAGGGAUUACUUCUUCCUUCUCUUCUUUUUUUCUUCUUCGCGUCAUUGUCAUUAUCAUCGUCACUUUUUUUUCCUAUUCGCGAUCACGUGACGAUCUCGCGCAGUGGAGCUUCGAGGCGUAGCUUUAAUUCGCGCCCUCGAGUCACUUAAUUUAUUCGCCUUCGUUAAUCUUAUAUACCUGCACGAUCGUUGUUAAUUAUCGAAAACUUUCGGAAGCGAUAUCUACUUUGCUCGAAACUUUGGAAAUUCGGUUCGCUGGUACAUUCGUUACGAAUUCGCUUCUUUAUUUAUUGCCUCUUCCGUCGCAUCUCUCGAAAUCCCACACCGAAACUUGGACGAAGCUCCGCGAGUUUCUCGGAUCCCUUUUCCUUUUGUUCUUCUUCGUUCCCUCGAACGUUUCCCAGGUCCGAAUCACUGGCUGGUUAAUCCGGACUAGAUUGCGGGAAGGGGAAAGAAUCGCGAGGCAACGUCUCCUCAGCACUCAUGCCAAAUUUUCUCACGACUUUUGCGCGACUGUCCGUUGUCUCCUUUUUUUUAUACUUUUGCUAUCGAAUCCAUCCUACGGUCGUGGCGAGUGUCUGUAUAUAUGUACAUGUAUAAAGAAAGAAACGAAAGUGCAUCUGUGUUACAAAACGCCGGACGAGAAACGCUAACUUUGAUGUAUGUACAAUCGCCGCGGAAAGUCCUCUCGGAAGGCGGAAAUUUAGCGCGUAUUGAAGUAUUAAGCGAGCCUAUAGGUGUAUGUAAUAUAUAUUUACAUAGCAUAUACUUGCAAGAAAUAUAUAUAUAUUAUAUGCAUAUUAUAUAUAUAUAUAUUUGUCAAAUUUAUGUAUUUUUCGAUAUCAUUGAAACGAGCUGUAACGCACGUGCAGUGCUUGAUUGUGCCGUUGCCGAUUCGAAGGUGCGAGAGAUUACGUUAUAUUGUAACAAUAAGACCGGCCGAGACAUCGAAAUCGCGUUAUCGGCGCGGAACCAAAGUGUGAUUUUUCUCGAAGGUGCGAAAGGAAGGAAAACGAGGAAUAUUUAUCCGACGAUGAUGGAGCGAUCGAAGUCGGUGACGUGGAGAGAGGACCGGCGUCGAUGUACUUUGCUGAUCAUUGUCCCCGCUCGAUCAACCAUUCGUUUCUUACCACAUGUGAUAACGCUAAGAGCGAUAGAGACGCGAAUCGACGUGAACCCGGGAGCAACCGUAAAUAGCGAGAAGGCAUCUCUAUUUAUUGUACACUAAUCGCCUAUGUUAUUACGGCGGGGCGGGCGGGGCGUGCGGCGACGACGACGACGAGGAAAUUGGAGCGUUGGAAUCGCUGCAGGCGGCGGUGUUUCGGGUGUACCCUCUCGCGAGGCAAUCCGUCGCGUCUCUCGCGGACAGGAUCUCGUCUUUAUUCCUCUUGCCCCCGUAUUUUUUUAUGUUACUCCCCUCCCCCGGCGUGAAUGUUCCAUAUUUUGUACGGUAUGCUUGUAAAUACCGCGGUCAGCGACGGUAUUGCGCGAGGGGUCUCGACUACCGCCGAAUUUUUAACUUUUCUGAUGGUUGCCUGACCGAGCGGACAGAACGCAAACGUUAAUCAACGCGUCUCAAUAGCAACGUAAAUAUAGCAAUAAAACGUUUCGAGUCGUUGUCGCCGAGCUCCGACACGCUGUCGAAGAACGACGUGUUCGCCAGCAACACCGCCGCGUUUCGCAGUCGCGUCGCUGUAAGAUACCGAGAGUGCCUGUUGUAACGACGAAGUCAUAUGCGUUUCUCGCUGCGGCCGCCGGCCUCCGGUGGUCGCCGAGAUGAACGAAGAUGCUGCACCGUGUAAAUACGUUGUCUUCUAUUGUUAACUAACGAGCGACCGCGAGUUUCGCGAUCAACGUCGACGACGAGGUCUUAACGCGAUUCCGGAUUUAAUACACUCUACAUAAACUCAGGUAUACAAUAAAUAAACAUACAUACAUACAUAUGUACAUACACACACACACACACACACACACACACACACAUAUCCCGAUUACUCGCGCACUAUUUGCCUCGUUCGCCUCGAACGAUCACGAUAACGCGAUCGCGAGAGAGCCGACACGUUACAAAUUGUACAUAUACAAUCGCACCUUUUUUGCCAAAAAGCAGUUACGAGGACCGCCGGAACGUCGGCCGGAGAAGGAACGACACUCUUACCCCCUUUCUGCCCUGCUCCUUCUUCCCGCUUCCACCUUCCCCUCAAUUGUGCCCUGCGAAAUCGUUCGCGCGCGUUUCGACUACAGUUCCUAUGCACUAUACUAACGGUAAAGCGACUUAGAGGCGAGGAUCGAUGACCCGUCGUCCGAUUUACGAUUAAAGAAAAUCAACCGUAAUUCCAACCAAUCGAAUAAGCUUGGUUCUCCUUUCUCCGGCUGCUCGGAGAUGUAAGUAUUUAGACUCUAAGGGACAUAUCCACAGCGCGUGUAGUGUACUUGUAUAUGAAUAUCGAUAAAUAAAUAUUUCCAAUGUUUUUGACACAAA